CUGACUAUUGAUUCUACUACAUCUUUGGAGAAUAGCAGUAUUCGUACUCAAGAUAAAUUUAUCUUUACAUCAUUCUUGGAACCAAUGAGAGUUAAUCCGCAGCCUUCUAAAAGUAAACCAACAAAAAAUCAACAAGUCAUAAAGGUACCUUUACGGCAAAAAAAAAGAAUUCAUCAACCUCCAAAUUCUUUACUUUUAUGUAAACGAACAAAGCAACGUCAUUACAGUAAAGUUUCAGAUACAGAGAUAACAAGUAUUCCAUCGGAUCUUUUGCAAAAAGAGCCGGAGGAUUCCGAAAUUUGUUGGCAAAAUGUAACAAAUAACAAACCAAAUGAUUAUAUGCUAGCAUAUCCAGAAUACUGUUAUUACCCUAAUAUGAAAAUUUUUUCCGACCAUAAAAUGGAGGCCACAGAUUCGAAUCAAUUUCGAAAUAUGUUGCCAGGAGCGCAAACCAAUGACAAUAUAUGUGCAAUCUCAUCUGAAUAUAUUACAAUGGAGCAUUUAGAUAUGUCAUUUCCUUGGAAUUAUGACCACUUUGAAUAUCCAGCUCACAGAGUUCUACCAUCAAUUUUUCCUAAAGAUGAUGAUAAUCACUAUAUCAUUAAUACACAACUACAGCUUCCACAGAGUGAAGAAAUUAAUUCGAUUCUUCACCCAUACCAAGACAACACCUAUCCUAAUUAG